AUGAAAACUAACUCGCUCCCUCGUGCAUUGAACCAGAGCGGCGGUGCUGGUGGAGGAGCACAUGGAACUUCGCCACUACUUCAGUCACGCUCGCGCUUUUCGCUCCACAAACAAGGUACAAUAGAUACAGAUGUCGAGUCAGUGUUGUUCAAACGAACGCCCUUUGACUUGAUGAAGAAAAACGCAUCGCUCCUUACGAACAUAAUCUGCCUCGCAAUUACUCUCUCGCUAGUUCUAGUCACUGUGGUGCAAUUUUCAAACAACGAAGAGCGCUGGGACUCUUUCUCCCAGCGCGUUAACAAAGUCAGUGCUGACGUUGGUCAAGCGCAAGAACUCGUCACUCAACAAACUCUAUCGGUACAAGAGAUGGAGUAUCUGCUCUUUGGGAAUAAAAUUGAUGGCGAGCUGUCGUUCAGAAAUCUGACGGAUGCUGGAAAGGGCGUUAUCAACACAAUGGUCGUCAUGAAAAAAUGGUACAACGAUCAUGCGAAAAUGCUCGAAAACCUAUCUGACCAGUCGAAACAGUUGCUGAAGGCGAAAAACGCUGUUCUUGGUUCUGGUAAGACGAUUAUACAAGUAGUCAAUUAA